CUGUGCGCAGUGCUCCGAAUCCUCGUGGUUAUUAGGUUCGUCAGGAGCCCAAUUAAGGUAAUCCACCGGCGUUCCAUCAGUCCAUGUCCACUUUUUGUCUUCAGGCCAAUUCUUUUGUCGUAAGCCAAUCCAAGCAAAAUAACCAUAACCCUUGGGAAGCACGUCUGUCCUUGUAAUCGCGCGUAG